AUGCAGCAGGCCGAUUUUAGAAUGCAGAUCAAGCCAUUGCAAGAGCCCGAGAUUUUAGUCUCCCAACCUUCAUAUGGGGCAUUAUCAAGUUUUUUUUGUUUGCCUCUGAGAACAAGCAAACCUGGCAACAGAAAGGAUACCCUUUUCGUCAUCCUGAAGAACAUAGCUGAGUUUGGUUUUGCCAUUGACAGAACUUCUGAGGUGGGGUUUGAUGAAAUAAUCACUGGAAAACACAGUGUAUCUGCAACUCUUAUAGCUACAGCUCUUUUCAUCUAUGCAGUUUGUUGCAACCUCUUUCGUCCUGAUAAUAUCUUUACGGUUUUUUAUAGAGGAAUGACUGACAGGAGAUGGAACCAUAGCUUGAAAAACUCUCCCAUGGCAAAAGGUCAAGUGCUGGAGGAAAGAAGGAUGAAUUUGCGAAAGGGAAAACAGAUUCAUUGA